AUAUUAUUCAAAGCCACCGAUUUCUUAUCUGCAGUGGUGCCAGAGGUCUGGUUAGUUUGGAAGCUCCAUCCAAAGCCAGCGGAUGUUUUUUUUAAUUAGACGAAACGAUUCGGGAUAUUCGAUACGCUUUCGCCAUUUCGAUAUCAACGAUUGAAUUGGGCAUCUCGUUGGACAACUGUUCUCUUUACAAUCUUUUAUUGUAAACAAUUAUUGAAAUCACUUAAAUAAAGGCAUACUCAAAGUUGUUUUUAUUUUGAACAUGAAGUUGGACUAAGCCACUUAAAAAUGCCAACAUAACUACUGCAUUCAUCUUUGGAUACUUUAAUAAAUUUAUUAAACUUAGUAGGCAAGGAUCUAACGACUAGGUGGUCAAACAUGCAUAAUGCAUAGUACUAAACUAUAUAGCCACAAACAUAGAGAAUAAAACAAACACCCACAAAUACGGAUAUGAAACAAAAACAGCAACAUAUAAAAGAUGUGUCCACGGUUCGCAUCCUAAUGUUGGGCGAUGGAGGCGUCGGCAAAACUAGUCUGACCAAUUUGCUGGCCAACAGUGCCAUAACGCCUACGCCCGCCUCACGAACCGUAGGCGAUGGUUCCUGGAACGUCCAGGUGCGUCUGCACGAGUAUCCCAUCUCGGUGGGCCUACCGCCCACUCCCUCCUGGACCUCGCCCUCCUCUUCGGAGCGCUCAGAGAAAUACCCGUAUGCCCGAAGUACACCAGUCACCAGCGAAAUACUGUACUUCGUGGAGUUCUACGAUUUGAAUAGCAAUCUGCACAUGCGGCGCAAAGAACGCUCUAAUUUCUAUAAGAAAAUUGAUGGCAUUGUCCUGGUGUACAAUAUGCAGGAUCUAAGCUCCCAGGACAAUUUGCACGAUUGGCUGUACGAUCCGUUGCGUCAAAUAUGCAAGUAUCGCCACCGACGCCAGCGACCUAUCCUAAAACGCCAACAUGUCCCAAUCCUCGUGGUGGGAACCAGGUUGGACAAGCUUGUGCGCCGGCCAUUGCGUCGAAGUGGAACCAUAGCCCACCAGCUAGGAUCCGACGAGAUUUUCCUCAACUGCCAGGAUCCCAACAGUUUUGCGGACAAGAGUCGCAAUCAGGGCAAGCUACGCGGCUUCCUCAAUCGCGUCGUCGAGUUUAAGGAGCAUUUUCCGCUCUCAAAUUCGCGGUGCCUUUGAACAGAUCUCACCAUAUAUUUUCUAGUUCCUUGUUUAUUUUUAAUAAUAUUUAUGGAAAAAGAUUUCUCUAGUGAUUUUGGGCUUCUAACUGAAGGUAAGUAUAAGGUAUGACGGGAUGAUAUUAAAAAACUUAUCCUUUGUUUUUCAAUAAAAAUAAUAAAGGAUCAGGUUUUAAAAACUUC